GCCUACACUUAAUGAAACUAUUUAAACUCCAAGCUUCCCAUUCAAUCUCAGCAUUUCAAAUCUGUGUCAUCUCUCACUGAAAUUUCCUCCUUGAAUUCCCAUUCAAUCAAAUAGUUUCACUUGAGCUUCUUUUGCUUGUUCUUUUUCUAUCCAAUAUUUGUACAUGAAACCAAGUUUACCAAGUAAUGACACUCUGAAUCUUUUGAUUUGGGUAUCUAAUACUUUUCUUGAAACUGAUCUUUUAUCAUAAGAUCAGAAAUGGGUGGCAUUCAUAUGUUACAUUUGAUCAUGCUACUUUUCUCACCACUGGUCCCUCUUCUCUCUAUUGCUCUUGGAGACAAUUCAACAGACUCCUACUGGCUUCUGAGAAUAAAAUCGGAACUCGUCGAUCCGGUAGGAGUUCUCAACAACUGGUCUGCAAGUACUAGUAUGUGUUCUUGGAAUGGGCUUACAUGUUCAGAUGAUAAAGCUCAUGUUGUGAGUCUGAACCUCUCUGGAUCAGGACUGUCCGGUUCGAUCUCUCCUCACUUCUCCCACCUCACUUCACUUGAAUUACUCGAUUUGUCGAUGAAUUUCCUCACCGGUUUGAUUCCUCCCGAGCUCGGCCAGCUUCAGAAUCUAAGGCAACUGCUGGUUUAUUCGAAUUCUCUCUCCGGUAACGUUCCUGCAGAAGUUGGUCUUUUGAAGAAGCUGCAAGUACUUAGAAUUGGAGAUAACAUGUUGACAGGCCAAGUUACACCAACCAUUGGUAACUUGACUGAGUUGAGAGUGUUGGCACUUGCUUAUUGCCAAUUCAAUGGAAGCAUUCCGGUUGAAAUCGGAAACUUGAAUCGUCUACAAUCUCUCGAUUUGCAGAAGAACAGUCUCAGUGGCCUCAUACCACAAGAGAUCGUUGGCUGCACCGAGCUUCAGAACUUUGCAGCCUCAAACAACAGGCUUGAAGGCGAAAUCCCAGCUUCAAUGGGAAAGCUCGAGUCGUUGCAAAUCUUGAACUUGGCUAACAACAGUCUUUCAGGACCAAUUCCUGUUGAAUUGAGCAACCUCUCCAAUUUGAAAUACUUGAACUUGCUCGGAAAUGGAUUGAAUGGCGAAAUCCCUCUAGAACUUAACCGGUUGGUUCAGCUCGCGGAGAUUGACUUGUCGAACAACAACCUCUCAGGAACCAUAACUCUCCAAAGUUCCCAAAUGAAGAAUCUUCAGGUUCUUGUUCUGUCUGAUAAUACCUUCACAGGUAGCAUUCCGAGCAACUUCUGCGUCCCCAAUUCCAAUAUCCGGCAAGUUAUUGUGUCGCGGAAUGAUCUCUCAGGCAAAUUCCCGUCGGAGCUACUCAACUGUUUGUCACUCCAAGAACUAGACCUUUCGGAUAACAGCUUUGAAGGCCAACUCCCAUCCGGCCUAGGCAGAUUGGACAACCUCACAGAUCUCUUACUCAACAACAACAGCUUCACUGGAGCUAUACCUCCUGAGAUUGGAAAUAUGAGUAAUUUGGAAACAUUUUUCCUAUUUGACAAUACGAUCACAGGUGGUAUUCCAGUUGAGAUCGGGAAGCUGAAAAGGUUAAGCGUUCUCUAUCUCUAUGACAACCAGUUGUCUGGAACCAUACCGAUAGAGCUAACUGACUGUUGGAGCUUAACUGAGAUUGAUUUCUUUGGAAAUCAUUUCUCCGGUUCCAUUCCCGCGACAAUUGGGAAACUCAAGAACCUCUCUUUCCUUCAACUGAGACAGAAUGAGCUCUCGGGUCCAAUCCCACCGAGUUUAGGCUACUGCAGGAAGCUUAGGAAAUUGGUGUUGGCUGAUAACAAGCUCACCGGAUCACUGCCACCGACGUUUAGAUUCCUUUCCGAGCUCUUCCUCAUUACUCUAUACAACAAUUCAUUUGAAGGUCCACUGCCUGAGUCUCUCUCCCAACUGAAAAGCCUUAGAAUCAUCAAUUUUUCGCACAAUAGGUUCAGUGGAAGCAUCUCACCUCUCUGUGGUUCGAAUUCUCUGACUGUUUUGGACUUGACAAACAAUAGCUUCUCCGGUCCCAUUCCUCCCACACUAACCAUGUCCAAAAACCUGACCCGUCUACGCCUUGCAUACAAUCUUCUUUCCGGCAACAUUUCUUCCGAUUUUGGGCAACUCACGGAGCUCAGCUUUCUUGAUUUGUCAUUCAACAAUUUCACAGGAGAGCUAGCACCCGAACUCUCAGACUGUCGAAAACUCAGUCAUCUCCUACUCAACACGAACCAAUUUUCCGGCACAAUUCCUACGUGGUUAGGGAGCUUGCAGGGACUCGGAGAGCUUGAUCUUUCGUCCAACAAUUUCCACGGGACAAUGCCUGCCGAAAUUGGGAAGUGUUCGAGUUUGCUUAAGCUCUCUCUCCACAGCAACAAACUGUCAGGUAACGUCCCUCUGCAGAUUGGGAACCUCACUUCUCUGAAUGUCCUCAGCCUCCAAAGAAACAAUCUCUCCGGGGCCAUUCCCGCCACAAUCCAGCAGUGUAAGAAGCUCUACGAGCUGAGGCUCUCCGAGAACAACUUCACCGGCUCAAUCCCAUCCGAGCUCGGAUCACUCACGGAACUACAAGUGAUCCUAGACCUCAGCAAGAACCUCCUUUCAGGUGAAAUCCCAUUCUCGAUUGGAGACCUCGUGAAGUUAGAGAGACUGAACCUCUCUUUCAACCAACUCAGUGGAGAAGUUCCGUAUUCGCUAGGAAAACUGACUAGCCUCCACAAUCUCAACCUGUCAAAUAAUCAUCUUCGGGGCCAGCUUCCCUCAACUUUUUCAAGAUUCCCACUCACCUCCUUCUUGGUUAAUGAUAAGCUAUGCGGCCCACCAUUAGUAUCGUGUUCGGAAUCCGCGGGUCAGCAGAGAAAGUGGCUAUCAGAUUCUGCAGUUGCUGGGAUUGUAGUGGCCAUUGUAUUUACAUCUACAGUUAUCUGCUUAGUGCUGCUUUAUAUCAUGGUAAGAAUAUGGUCUGAUUGGAGAAACGUUUCCAUUUCGAGCUCGGAUACUGGUAAACUUGAACAUAAGAAAGAAGAAGAGACAUGGGUUUAUGGAAAUGAGUACUGGAGAGUGAACUCCAUGUCAUUGGGUUCUUCCCCGGAUAAGCUUAGUUCUGCAACAACUUGCAUUUUCCACCUCAAAAUGGAUGCACAAACCAUGGAGAAUUCAUUGGUCUAAUUUUUUUUUUUUUUUUUUUUGGUUUUGGUUUUUUGUAUAAUAAUUCAUUUUCUUUGUACUCUCCUUUUUGCCUUUUUAUUUCUUAAAUUUUUUCUUUUCAGAAGUGAAUGUUUAACAAGGCUUCAUACUUUGAUGAUAGACGGUCAAUACAAAGUUCUAUAAUGGAUAGUUUCUUCUC